AUGAAUAUUACAAACAAGACCCAAGUGAGAGUGUUUGUGUUUUCUGGACUCACUGAUAAUAUAGAACUUGCCCCGUUCCUCUUCAUGCUCUUCAUACAUAUCUACAUGGUGACUGUAGUGGGAAACAUCGGUAUGAUGGUCACUGUCCAUAUCUCAUCUAACCUCCAAACCCCGAUGUACUUCUUCUUGAGCUACCUAUCCCUGGUGGACCUAUUCUACUCCUCAGCUAUAACACCUAGAAUGCUCUCUGACCUUAUCUCCAGGAAGAAGGCCAUCUCAUUUGUUGGUUGCGCCCUUCAGUUCUUUUUCUUUGCUGGACUUGCAGGCACAGAGGUUUUACUUCUUGCUAACAUGGCAUAUGACCGGUAUGCUGCCAUAUGUCACCCUCUCCAUUAUGUCUCUAUAAUGACCAAGAAAAAAUGUUUGGGCCUGGUUGUCCAAUCUUUCUCCAUUGGUUUCUUACAGUCAUCCAUGCAGACCAGCUGCAUAUUCAGUUUACAAUUUUGUGGCUCACACAUAAUAAACCACUUCUACUGUGAUGUCCCUCCACUGCUCAAGCUGUCCUGCUCUGACACUAACAUCUGUGAGAUGAUAACUGUUUCAUCUAUAGUGUCAUUUGUCGUAGGUUCAUUUAUGAUAAUCCUUACAUCAUACUCAUUAAUCAUUUCUUCUAUUCUAAGGAUGAAGUCUGCUGAGGGCAGACAGAAAGCCUUCAGUACAUGCUUUUCACAUGUCAUGUGUGCCUCCAUCUUCUAUGUGUCAGUUUUCUUCACUUACCUGCGAUCUCCCUCCAAUGUCAUUGAAAACCAACACAAGAUGGCUGCGGUCUUUUACUCAGUGGUGACUCCAAUGCUGAAUCCACUUAUAUACAGCCUGAGGAACCAAGAGGUGAAAAGAGGCAUCAUACAAGCAGUACGCAAACUGUUGUAG